CUUUCUUCCACUCCCAGUCUCAUUUACAGCUUCGUACUGGCACUCAAUGCCAGAGAUCAACAGCAUCAUGGCUGCAAAAAUUCUUGUCCUUGGUGACAUCUUUGGCCAGUUGCAAUCCGUAUUCACCAAAGUCUCUUCUCUCCACGCCAAGAACAGCUUUUCACUUGCAAUAGUUGCUGGCAAUCUGUUUGCGGAGGAUGAUACUGCUGUGGAAGACCUUUUGGGGGGCAAAAUCAGCAUACCACUGCCUACCUAUUUUACUGUUGGCACGACUGCUCUCCCGAAGCAGAUCAUAGACAAAAUUGAGAAGGAUGAAGAGAUCUGCGCAAACCUCCACUACCUAGGAAAGCGAAGUACAACGAAAACCUCCGAGGGAAUCAAGAUCGUCACACUGGGAGGCAAGCUGGAUGAGACAGUGGUUGGAGGCUUGUCUAAGGAACAAUACCUGCCAUAUCACACGGUGGGGGAUGCCAAAGCUCUUCAUGGUGCAAACUCAGCAGACAUUCUCCUCACGACAUGUUGGCCAGCUUCCGUCAGAAUGGGUUCCAAGGUUGUUGUUCCAGUUGGAGAUGUUGCUCCACCAACAGGAUUGGAACACAUCGCCGAUCUUUGUGCCGCUCUCAAACCUCGUUACCACUUUUCAAGCACUCCUACAUUUUUCUAUGAAAGGGAACCUUUCUUCUUUAAUCCCACACAAGACAACCCAGACUACAAACCCGUCACACGUUUCAUUUCUCUAGCAGCACACGGAAAUACGACGAAGCAGAAGUCACUCUACGCAUUCACACUUCAAGCCACUCCCGAUCCGCUUGCUCCUCUCCCACCCGGAACAACUGCCUCACCCUUCACUAGUAGGCCAAGAAAAAGAACUGCCCUAGAGCCCGAACCAUACUCCAGAUACUCACCUCAUGAUAAUGGAUAUCGAAAUAAACGUCGUCGAAAUGAGCGAGCACCUCCCCCAGGACCUGACCAGUGUUACUUCUGCCUCUCAAAUCCGAAUCUGGAAACACACCUUAUCUCUUCCAUUGGUGAUGAUGCCUAUCUUACCAUUGCGAAAGGACCACUCACCACCUCAACAACAUAUGCGGAGUUGGGCAUCAACCACCCAGGCCAUGCUCUCAUCAUCCCUCUUACACACUCACAGACGCUGGCCUUGAUCCCCAACGAAGAUGGUGCAAGAGAAAAGACGUUUGCGGAGAUGAACAGAUUUAAGGAGUCAAUGCAAUCGAUGAUUGCGAAAGACAGCGGAAACAAACUUGGUGCUGUCACAUACGAGAUCAGCAAGAUUAACGGUGUGCACACUCACUGGCAGUUCAUUCCCAUGUCAGCAGAGACUAUUUCGAAGGGUUUGGUUGAAGCAGCAUUUCGAGUUGAAGCCGAGAAUUUGAAAUACUCCUCAUUCGAAGUUCGGGAUCCAGGUAUUGGUGAGAAUGAGGGCGAUUUCUUUCGAGUCUGGAUAUGGUCACCUCCUACGGAUGAGCAUCCGAAUGGUAGCACCAAGUGCCUGACUCUUCAAUUCGAUGACUCAGUUCGAUUCUCGUUGCAAUUCGGUCGCAUCGUCCUGGCGAAGUUACUUGGGCUCGAGAAGCGCAUACAGUGGAAGGACAACGUGCAGUCCGAGCAAGAAGAGAAGAAAGACAUCGAUGCCUUCAAAGCAGCGUUCAAAGACUUCGAUUUUACUCUGUAGCUCUCUCUACAUGGUUUGAUACCCAGCUAAGAAUACAAGAAUCAGGUGUGAUGGGUUUGCGAAGGAUAUUUCGGAGUGACUCGGGGCGUUUUUGCAUGGAGGCGCUGAAUGGGUGGCAUAUCGGUGAUUUAAUUGACACAAUACACCAUUGGAAAUAAUGACUGGCUCUGCAGAUAUUGCGGUCACAGUGCAUUGAUUUCGGAAGUGUGAAUGAAUUUCGGCCAUGUGGUGGAGAUCAAAGCUAUGACUAUUGCCAGAAUUAUAUUUGCUGCACGCAGCAUUUCGCGCCAAUGCGGUAGCUGGAGAGUACAGGAUUUCCUGCAGGCUGCCGUAGUGCGUUUUUUAGAUGGGAAGAAAUCAAAACGCUCCAAUGCCUUGUCGCAGCUUUUUGCCAUCUUUUCAAUUGUCUUCGCACUGUUCCGUAAAGAGGGGGGUAUAGAUUGCUCGAAUCGUACACCAAGGAUGAUUCAGCCAGACUCCGGUCGCCUUUAGGAGCUUCGGAAAGGGAGAAUUAUUGCUGAGUAAAUCACACGUCGCAUGAAAAAACGACAUGGUGUUGGAAGAGAUGGCCAUUGAUUUCUGCGUCCUGCAUCUUAGUACACAUUCAUUGUUUACUUCCGCCUCUUGGCGCAGUUAAGCGAGUAGAAGAAGCUACGUAAGGUGAGCAGAGCAUGUCCCAACCAAAACGAGAGGAAGUCAAAACAAUCGCAUGGUUGUGAUUACAGAAUUUUGGUGCAAUAUUAUUCCCUGCUCAUCACCACGAGUUACUCUGGUUUGCAAGGUCAAGAAUGCGUCUAUCAGAAUAGAAACGGUACCCCCGGUGAUUCCCCUCAGCCAACAUGUACAUUAUCUCAGAGUAUAAAACCUCAAGAUCUUCUU